CCGUCUUCUAAAAGCAAAGUUUCUCGAGUUGAGAGAAAGGAAAUCGAAAGCCAAACCCAAAACCCAAAGUAGUUACUUCUUCACCACCACCACCGAGGGAAAACCCAAAGAAGCAUACCAAUCUAUCAACCAAUCCUGGCUUCUUCAGAUACAUGGAAACGCCUCUUCCCAGCACGAAGAACCAGUAGACGAAUUCUUCCACCAUUACCAACAAUGCUCAACAUCAACCUCUUCAAGUUCUGCUCCUUUCUCAGAAUCCUCGGCUACUCCAUGAUCCUCUUGUUCGCCGCCAUCGUUUCUCUCACCUACUACGCCGUCGUUUUCGUCACAUGGGGCCCACUCCUCUUUCCUUCUUUCUCCUUCUUAGCUUUCUUCAUUCUCCUCAUCUUUCACACUCUCCUUGUGCUAUUAACUUGGUCUUAUUCUAUGGCGGUUCUCAAAGAUCCAGGUUCUGUUCCUCAAAAUUGGAGACCGCAUCAACAGUUUUUACAGGUGGAGGUAGAUGAUCACCGCAAUUUACAUGUUGCAGUUCCGCCACCUUCCGGAGAGUUCGAGGAGGCGGCGGAAACAACAGCAACAUCCUCCGUCGGUUACUGUAGUAGAUGCCAAAGCGCCAGGCCGCCGCGUUGUCAUCACUGCUCUAUUUGUCAAAGGUGUGUUCUUAAGAUGGAUCAUCAUUGUAUUUGGGUGGUGAACUGUGUUGGGGCACGAAAUUACAAGUAUUUUCUUCUCUUCUUGCUGUAUACAUUCCUCGAGACAACACUGGUUUGCUUAGCUCUGAUACCUAAUUUUAUUAGAUUCUUUGGGGGAACCAACUCAACCAAGACUCAUAAAUUGUCUCCCGGGGCCUUUUCUGCUAUUUUCUUGACUUCUAUUCUCAAUUUAGCUUUUGCGUUGAGUCUUCUCUGUUUCGUAGUUAUGCAUUUAUCUCUUCUGUUAAGCAACACAACUUCAGUAGAGGUUCAUGAAAAGAAAAAAGGAAUCAGGUGGAGGUAUGACUUGGGAAGGAAGAAAAAUUUUGAGCAGAUUUUCUGUGCUUACAAGUUACAAGAUUAACUUGGCAUUUCAGAGGAUUCUUAAACCAAGAGAAAAGGAAAAGCGAGAGGGAGAUAGAGAAUGAAUGACAUAAUGUAAAGUAUAAAAAUGCUAUUCCAUACGGGUUAGAAUCCUGUCCAUUUCUCAAAAGAAAUGGAGAGCUCUAUUUGGAGAGAGAAAGGAAAGACACCAAGUAGAUAGUCCUCAUUCACUAACUCUAACUUCCUUAUAACAGAAAUUCACUCAUGCCACCUCCUUUCCACACUUUCUCUUUGCCAGCUCCCCAGUCACACCUUUCCCCUUGUUUUUCCUUACAUAGACUCUCCACACACUGGGCUUGCCACCAGGGCCCAUAUUCUCUAUCAUGGACCUGUCAUUGCCCUCUCCUAGAAAAAGAGACUCGUCCUCAAGUUUGAGAUUAGGGAAUUGACUGCGAAUUGUGAACCCUUUCUCCCAAGUAACCUCCUCAACGGCCUUCCCUUUCCAUUGGAUUAACAGCUGGCUCACAGAUUUUCAAGAAUUAGCCACAUUGCUGGCCAGCCCUUUAGGACACUCCUUCUCCACCCUAUAAUUUCCCACAGCUUUCGUCAGCAAAGAUACAUGAAAGACGGGGCAAAUCCUUGCGGAUUCCGGAAGCUGGAUCUUUUAAGCAACAGCCCCAACCUUCUCAAGCACUUGAAAGGGUUCAUAAUAGCGAGGAGCGAGCCAAUUUAGGAUGCGUACCUCAACAGACUGCUGUACACGUGGCCUCAACUUCAAAAACACCAAAUCUCCUACCUAAAUUCAUUUCUAUUCUUUUAUGAUCAGCCUGAUUCUUCAUACGACCCUGAGCACAUUGCAUGUGGUAAGUAAGCUGCCGCAGUGCCUCAUCCCUGUCCAUCUAAUCACGCCGAACAGCUUCCAUUUUAGUCUCUCCAGGCAGAAAACAAAUGAUAGUGAGGGGUGGUCUUCUGUAUACUGCUUCAAAAGGAGUCGAGCCAAUUGAAGCGUGAAAAUUGGUGUUGUACCAAUACUUGGCCAUUGGUAACUAGAGAGCCCAUGUCUUAGGCUGAUCUUCGAUAAAGCAAUGUCUCAAAACAUUGGUUUACCCCCUCGGUUUGGCGGUUAGUUUGAGGAUGGUAAGCCACGCUCACCCGUAACUGCACACCCUGCAAUUUGAAGAGCUCCCUCCAAAAAUUACCCACAAAGAUGGGAUCCCUACCACUCACAAUGGAUGUGCGCACUCCAUGUAUGUAAGCGAAUGAUUUCCUUAGCAACAAUUUCAGCCAGGCUGUGAGCGGUAUACAGAUGCUUCAAGAGAACAAAAUGGCUAUACUUUGUCAGCCGAUCCACCACCACAAAUAAUGCCUCAACCCCCGGGAUUUAGGAAGCCCUAUGAUGAAAUCCAACGAGAGGUCUUCCCAGAUCUGAUUGAAGAUGUGAAGGUGCUGCAAAAUCCCCCUGGAGCCGUGCCGCAUACUUCUGUCUUUGAUAGACAUCACAACUUCAAGGCUGUGAGCUGUAUACAGAUGCAUCCACCACCACAAAAUGGCUGUACUUUGUCGAUCCAUCCACCACCACAAAUAUUGCCUCAAACCCCCGGGGUUUAGGAAGCCCUGUGAUGAAGUCCAACGAGAGGUCCUCCCAGGUCUGACUGAAGAUGGGAAGGUGCUGCAAAAUCCUCCCAGAGCCGUGGCCGCAUACUUCUGUCUUUGAUAGACAUCCCAACCUCCAGGCUGUGAGUUGUUUACAGAUGCUUCAAGAGAACAAAAUGGCUGUACUUUGUCAAUCAAUCCACCACCCCAUAUAUUGCCUCAAACCCCUGGGAUUUAGGAAGCCCUGUGAUGAAGUCCAACGAGAGGUCCUCCCAGGCCGGACUGAAGAUGGGAAGGUGCUGCAAAAUCCUCCCGGAGCCGUGGCCGCAUACUUCUGUCUUUGAUAGACAUCACAACCUCGUACAAACUCCAACACCGAGUUCUUCACGCCUACCCAGUAAAAAUUUGCUGCCACACGUCGGAAAGUGCGCUGAACACCAGAAUGUCCACCUAGUGGAGUGGCAUGAAAUUUCCUCAACAAGGUGGGAAUCCAUGAUGGCUUUGCUGACACCACAAGUCUGCCAUGGUAUAAUAAAACUCCUUCCUGCAGCAGUAACUAUUCAAGACUCUUUUGGUCGGUACACACUGUAAACCUCAUUCCUAAAAAGUAUGGCUGCCAAUGCUGAAUUGCAAGCGCCACAGCCCUCAGUUCCUUUUCGUAGGAGUAAUUUGUCAAGUUUCUAUUAUAAAAGCUUUGCUAAAGAACGCGAUCGGCCUCCCCUUUUGGACCAAAUUGCACCAAGGCCGUUCCCAGAGGCAUCACUUUCAAUAAUAAAUUUGCCUAUAGUCUUGGGAUUUUUGCCUUGAUUCCUACUUACCUCUAGUUUCAAAUCUCCUUCAUUGAUUAAUAAAGAACUGCCCUCUGUUUCAAGUUGUAAACAGACUCUGGAGGGCCGCACGGUUCACCUUUUCAUGCCCCUUUCCCCCCUCAAUUCAAUCCACCCGUCCUCCACUUUGAAAUUCAUACUCUUCUUCACCCAACUAUCCACAUACCCCCAAUUAAUUCCAACCAGGACAUACCCAUAAUUGCAUCUACACCGUUCAUUGUCAUUACACUCAUCUCUCCUUCGGAAUCAUCUCCCUCAGUCUUGACGGCCAACACCAGUGCCUCACCGUCACCAGUGUCGUCAUCUUCAACAAUCACGAUUUCAAUUGUUUCUCCAGACAUUGGUGACGUGGGUGGAACUGACCACCGCAUUUGAAACAAAGCCCCUUCUGUUUUCGUCAAGUGUUCUCGUGAUAGGAGAGAUGCUUCACAACUCUAUCCCGUGCAGUGCUUCCCUUCCUAUUUGUUUUGGGCCCACUUUUUAUUGGAGGCCCAUUUCCAAUACGUUUGGAUUCUCUUUGCUCCCUUUUACCAAUCAUUCCCUUGGACUCGACCCGGAGCCAAAUGAAGGAUUGGACCUAAAGAUGCUUCCACUUGACCUAAUCCUUCCACUCUUCUUCUCUUUCACUUUGAUUUCUACUCUUCUUCUCUUUCACUUUGAUCUCCACUGCUCUGGCCAGAUUCAUCAUCUUGGUGCCUGAAAUUGGACCUAGUGCCUUCAAGUGCGCACUUGAUCCCUAGUUCCCUCCUUCAAGCCACAAUUGAAAUAGCUAGUGAAUUAAAUAUUUGGAAGUCUAUCCAUCUGUGCCACCAACUUCUCCAGUUCACAAAUAUACUCCACAGGACGCUCUUGGUGCUGAACGGAAAGUUGCUCUGGGAGGUUCCUUUAUGCAAUUCCCCAUAGAGUUCCAAUAGAGCUUCCUUCAACUUUUCCCAUGCCAGGUCGACAUCGUCAUCAGCCAAGGCUCUGAAAAACUGAAUCAGUGAAUCAUAGGACCCUUCGUGUUCAAUUAAGCCAACCUUAGCUGCAUUUGAAGUCUCGCAUCCUGGACGCAGAAGUAAAUCUAUGCACAUCGUGAUCCACCCUGCAUGAUCAACAACAACAACAACCCAUCCUUAUUCCACUAAGAGGGGUCGGCUACAUGGAUCAAAUUACGCCAUAAUGUUCUAUUAAAGACCAUGUUUCCAUUCAAUUCGGUAAUCACAAGAUCUUUCUUUAUAGUUUCUCCUAUAGUCUUUCUAGGUCUUCAUCUACCUCUAGUUGUUUGAUUAUUCUCCAUUUGAUCUACUCUCCUUAUAACAAAAUUUAUAGUUCUUCUCUCUAUACAUGCCCGAUCCAUCCUGCAGGAUCAUUGCCGUUAAACAUUGGCAAUUCGAUCUUCUUGACCGAUAGACGCGAUUCAUCCAUCGUGUCAUCCUUGAUUCUCCGGAGUAAUUUCUUGACCUUGACACCUAAGGAUUCAUCACCUUAUCCUUUCUUCUACAUUGAGUUUUCGCCCUCCUCCGUGUCUCUAUUCUGGGUGAUAAGUGACACUAGAUGGUCCGGAUCCUCUAUGAUAUGAGCACAUAUCUCAGCAAAUUGUUCAACAAAUUCGAGCUCGAGCAACGACACUUCAUUCUCUAACGUUGCAAUCUUAGAGUCCAUCUUCUUCGAGGGCAUUCGCUACUCCUUAGUACAGUGAUUCCGAUUGAGUUGUCUUUCUCAGUAAUGCAAUCCGGUAGGUCAGACCAGUUUGAUGCAUUCCUGAGUGUGGUGAGACAAAUAAAUGGAUAAUAAAGCAGAAUAUGCAAGAAACAGAUUUGGUGGAAAGGUGUUUUGUUAAUGAAAAUGGGAACUAGCAGCAGGGUAUGAUUGUAACUGAUCCAUGAGCUGAGGUCCUACAGCGAAAAUACACUUUCUCUGACUACAAUAAUGAUCUCACCACAAGAUGCCCUCAUUCACUACCUCUAACUUAUAACAGAAAUUCACUCAUGCCACCCCCUUUUCACGCAGCUCAUUUGUCGCCUUUCCCUUUGGUUUUUUUUCAUAGACCUUCCACACUUUGGGCUUUCCACCAGGGCCCAUAUUCUCUAUCAUGGACCGAUCAAAUUUGAUGUAAUUUAACACUGAAUAAAGUCUUCUACUUGGAAAUAAUGCUGGAAGCAUUUAUAGAAAAUAAAUUGUAACUACAUCAUCUCCAAAUCAACUAAUAGCCUGUGAAUGCGGUCACUUACGUGGUUGUUUGAAAUCUAUUUGAUCUCUU